AUGGCUCCAAUCAGGACACGCAAACAGGUCCGUUUCAGGGAUCAAUAUGAACGACCCAAGAGCAAGGCGUCUUUGACAAAGGUGAGAAAACCAAAUGGCACCACCAUUCUCACGAAAAAGGAUGAAGUAUGCCGUUUCAUCACCGGAACCCUCUCUCGCUUUCUCAAACCACUCGAGAUCCCCCCCAACACCCAUCUCAUUGAGCAUCGUCCUUGGAGUUCAGGAGGAAUCUACGUCAUCCGCUCUGUCGAGCCUAUUCUGCCCAAUACAAGGAAUGAUAUCGCCGUGCGUGUCAUUAUACACCAUGAGGCAGGAUGGGUGCAGGUAAUUUUCUCCAUGGCCAGAGAUUUGUUCGAUAGAGCCUCACUUCCUCCCGUGCAAUGGAUCGAAGUGCCGAACGAGGAACUUUCCUUGAACAAUGUUAUGAAGGUGUGUGUUCAGAUUGAAGACUCUAUCCAUGGACAGUUGUUGGCAUCUUACCUCAAGAAGCUGGGAUUGCUUGAGUUGCAGCGAAUGUAG